AUGCACACUCAAUUCUUUUUUCCCCUUUCGUAUAUCUCAGUCGUAAUUGCACCAACUGGAACAUUGAAUAGUUUGGAAUGGAACAGAUUAAACGUCAACUAUACAAUUACUUUCAAGCAAUUAAAAGACAGAAACGACAAGAUCACCCUGUUACACGAUUUGAAGAUUUCGCUAGUGAAAUUCUUUAUAAAAUCUUUGAUUAUCUUGACUCUUACCAUGCUUACAAAAGAUUUUCCAGCCCCUUCUCAUGAGAUCGAUUCUUCCACUGAGAAUCAAUAUUUCAUUGUUAUAACAAUGGCAUCCUUUAAUCCACAUUUCGCAUUAUUUCAUGUAUGA